AUGGCAAAGACACCGGGAAUCCUGUAUGUAACCAUGCAACCCUCGGCCACCCUCCCAGCAGCCGACUUUCACGACUGGUAUAAUAACGAACACGGACCCAAUCGCUUGCGCCUCCCUUUCAUCCACAACGGCUUCCGCUACCGUGCCCGCGACAUUGACGAGCAAGGAAAAGGCAAGCACGAAUGGAUGGCCAUCUACGAUACCGACGACAUGGACGCCUUCAAUUCAGAAGCGUACCUCGCUCUCCGUGGCGCUCCAAUUCAGACCCAACGUGAACGAGACAUUAGACCCAGCGUCGAUAUCGACAGAAGGAGUUUCGACCUCGUGAGCAGCAGACAAGCAGACGACUUCAAGAAACUGGAGAAGAUCGAACACUAUGGACAAGGCAAUGUCAUGGUAUCCGUGAGUCUGAGAUUGAAGCCCGGUCGCAAAGGUCAAGAGCUGGACAAAUGGUACAAUGAAGAGCACAUCGACAUGCUGUCCAAAGUGCCAGGUUGGCUGCGAACAAGACGCUACGUGACCGCCGCAAUCGACAAAAAGGACGAAGUGGAAUAUCUGGCUUUGCACGAGUACACACCAACCAACGGUCUCGGCGGCAAGGAAUGGCAAGCCACAAACAACACACCAUGGGCAAAGGACAUCAUGACCAACGUGGUGGCCCAAAAACUAAGACGCGAGUACGAGCUCUUCUACACUUUUGGCGCCGCCCCGCGCGACCUCCAGAACUUCGCCCUUGCAGGCUUCAAGAAAUGGGAUAGUCCAGCCACGCAAACCAGAACCUUUUCUACUGGCAAUGACGGCGGUGCAGUGGAAUCCUACAUUACGACCAGCGAUGGGGCAGAACUCCAAUACAGACUUGAAGGCUCGACAAAUCCCAAUGCACCACUGAUUGUACUCAGCAAUUCGAUUCUCACAUCCUAUGGCAUCUGGGAUCGUAUGGUGGACUCGUUCUUGGCAAAGAACAGCCAAUACCGUAUUCUGAGAUACAACACCAGAGGCCGCACGAGCAAAGCCGGCGACAAGCUCGUCACAAUGGACGUUUUGGCUUCCGACAUCAUUGCUCUGCUCGAUGAGCUCAAGGUGCCCCAGGCAGCAGCAAUAGUGGGCGUCAGCAUGGGCGGCGCAUCCGUGCUCAACGCUGCCCUGUCAUACCCAGACAGGAUCGCCUCGUUCAUGGCAUGCGACACCAACGACAAGAACCCCGAGGUCAACAGAAAGGCAUGGGGUGAGCGAGUGGCCAUGUGCGAGAAGGAAAAUGCCUCNGGGGAAGAAGGCGAGAAGAUUGUCGGAGACGAACUCGCCGAAGUCACAGUAAGAAGAUGGUUCGUCAAGGAGAGCUACGAUGGAGGUGACAUGGAGAAGGAGUGCGAGAGAGUCAAGAAGAUGGUUGUCAACAACAGUCUGGAAGGAUUCAGAAAGAGUGUGGAGGCACUGUGCGACUACAACUUCCAGCCGCACAUGAAGGGUGGAAAAGUAAAGGGUGUAUUUGUAGUUGGCAGCGGAGACGGAGUGCUGCCAAAGACUAUGAANGAGAUGGCUGCCAGAUAUGGCAGCGAUGGCGCAGAGUGCGUCGAGAUUGAGGGAGCGGGUCAUCUGCCCAUGGUGGAACAGCCAGACCAAGUGGCAGAGGUGCUUGGUAAACUGGUGGCUUCGUCGUCGUAG